AUGGGGCCUUUUUGUGCAAGCUCGUUCUCGUUCCCUAGUACAGGUCCCCACUACAGGUCCCCAGUACAGGUCUCCAGUGCAGGUCCCCAGUGCAGGUCCCCAGUAGAGGUCCCCAUGCAGUCCCCCUACAGGUCCCCAGUGCAGGUCCCAAAUGCAGGUCCCCAGUCCCCCUACAGGUCCCCAGUACAGGUCCCCACUACAUGUCCCCACUAUAGGUCCCCAGUACAGGUCCCGACUAAAGGUCCCCAGUACAGGUCCCCACUACAGGUCCCUAGUGCAGGUCCCCAGUACAGGGCCCCACUACAGAUCCCCACUACAGGUCCCCAGUACAGGUCCCUAGUGCAGGUCCCAAGUCCCACGACAGGUCCCCAGUACAGGUCCCCAGUACAGGGCCCCACUACAGUCCCAGUGCAGUUCCCCAGUACAGGUCCCCACUACUGGGCCCCAGUACAGGUCCCAAAUGCAGUUCCCUGGUACAGGGCCCCAAUACGGUCCCAGUGCAGUUCCCAAGUACAGGGCCCCGCUACAGGUCCCCAGUGCAGUUCCCCAGUACAGGGCCUCACUACAGGUCCCCACUACAGGUCCCCACUACAGGUCCCCAGUACAGGUCCCCAGUACAGGUCCCUAGUACAGGGCUCCACUACAGGUCCCCAGUACAGGUCCCCAGUACAGGUCCCAAGUACAGGGCCCCAAUACAGGCCUCCAGUGCAGGUCCCCAGUCCCACUACAUGUCCCCACUACAGGUCCCCACUACAGGUCCCCAAGUACAGGUCCCCAGUACAGGGUCCUACUACAGAUCCCCACUACAGGUCGCCGGUACAGGUCCAAAAUACAUGUCCCCACUACAGGUCCCUAGUGCAGGUCCCCAGUCCCCCUACAGGUUCCCAUUACAGCUCCCCAGUACAGGUCCCCGAUCCCCCUACAGGUCCCCACUACAGCUCCCCAGUGCAGGUCCCAAAUCCCCCUACAGGUCCCCGGUGCAGGUCCCAAAUCCCCCUACAGGUCCCCAGUACAGGUCCCCAGUGCAGGUCCCCAGUCCCCCUACAGGUCCCCACUACAGGUCCCCAGUGCAGAUCCCUAGUACAGGUCCCCAGUGCAGGUCCCCAGUGA